AUGUUUGGAACUAUGCGGAAUGCGCAGAACGACGAUUCACCAGCAGAUAUCGACAACAGCCAUUACAGAAGUACUCAGAAUAUCACGGAGCCCAAUGUACCAUCUUCUUCGCUGACAUGGGAGACUCGAGUACAAUGUUUUAUUGGCUGUUUCCUAUUAUCUAUAAUCAGCUCAUUUUGUGCGGGUUAUCUUCUGUUGUUGUCAAAGUUGAGCGGCUUCUGUAUAAUGUCGUCGAUUGGUGCCAUUCUUUCGCUGACUGGCACAUGUUUUUUGAUGGGACCAGUCGGUCAGUGCAAGAAGAUGUUCGACCAGAGUCGUUGGUUGGCAUCUCUGUUCUACAUCGGAUUCAUAGCUCUGGCUCUGAUUGCAGGUAGACGGUGCUUCAUCAUUUUAUGA